AUGCUCUUCCGAUCACGCCUAAGGGACCCAAAUGAGAGACCAAAGCUAGUCGUUGUUCUUCAUGCUAUGAUGGUCUGUGCCCUGCGGUAUGUCGCUAAUGAGCGAUUGGCAACAGACUGGCUUGAAACAUACCCCGAUGCUUCGCAACGGUCCCGCGAACUUGUGAUUCUCUCUGGAAUGGAUGGGCUAUCUGUAGAAAACCUGCAAGCACUUGUUAUAGUGACAUUUGUGCACAUCGGCGAUGGCGAGGCGAACAAGGCCUGGCCACUUAUUGGGACACUUGCUCGGGGAGUCGUAUAUCUAGGUCUUCACACCGAGCCAGAAGAAACCCAGAGAGGUGAAGUAUCGCUCAAGCCAUUGUCGUCGUUAUCACCCGCUCGAGUGUGGACGGAAGCCGAGGAACGGCGCCGAGUGUUCUGGAAUGUUUUUCUACUCGACCGAUUCUGCUCGACUGCUACAGGUUGGAAUACGAACUUGUCCAGCGAAGAUGUCCAGGUCCGACUACCCAGCGACGGUUUGUACUGGGUCAAGGAGGAGCCUGUUACCACCCCAUUUUUCAACGUAUGGGAUUCGUCCCUCGGGAGGAUGGGAAAAUCGGUAUCUUUCCUUCCCAGUCACUUCACCUCUCUUGCAGAUCAAGACAAGCAGUCGACAGCUACUGCACCAACCUCAGAGCGCGUGACCCCUGAUGGCCGAGUGCCCGAGAAUCGAUCAGUGGAUGUUUCGACCAUUGGCUCUUUUGCUUAUUGCGUUGAAGCAACCGAGUCUCUUAACCGUGUCGUCAAGUUCUUUCUCCAACGACCUGUGGAUUUCCAAAGCAAACAGGAAUUUAGGGCAUGGCUAACUCGCUUCAAGGAACUCGAUCUCCAACUCAUUCACUGGAAGAUGUUUCUCCCUCGCCGGUGGAAAGACUCGAACAUUUCCAAAGAACCAGCCUUUGUGCACAUGGACCCAAAUCUUACUCUCGCGCACAUCACUCACAAUACUUCCAUGAUUCUUCUCCAUCAGAGCAUUGCAUACCCGCGUGCAAGCAUUUUGGAGAAAGUCAGACUUGCAAGCACUGCGAGUGCCGAGACAUGCCAGCUGGCUGCAUCGGAAACUGCAAACAUCGUCCAGAAAUACUUACAAUACACACCGUUUGUUGGCUUGGUCAACCACCAAUUUUCUCUUUGCACCUAUCUAAGUGCACGUGUAAUGCUGAUACACUCACACACUCAUCAGCUUGACAUUCCAGAUGCUUACCACAUUCUCUUAUCAAGUCUUCAACAGAUGUCAUCGCGUUGGGUCUCAAUGAAUCCUAGCCUGAAGUUAACCUCCAAUGCGACAGACUUUUCCCAAGGGCUUUCUUCCCAACUACACACCCUCCAAAGAAUGAUCGGCUCUCCUUCGUUCAAUGUAACGGCCUCAGAUUAUGUUGCGGAAGUGAAUCAUGCCCUUGGUGUUAAAUUACCAGCCGUCAGCCCUGGCGAGAGUCAAUGGCUUGCAGAACGCAGGACACAGCAACGACAUAGCAUCAUCCCCGUGGGCGCAAGGCAUUCACAUUACCUUGACACCAACGGACUGAGGACAGGGUCUGAUCACCAGAGUCCUUUCAGCCAUACUAUGCAAACUCCUUCGUCUGGAUCGAUGCACAGCGGAAGAACGACGAAUGAAGACCACGCCUCGGUACCAACUAGCACGGGUCAAUCGCGCCACGCGCUCGCACCGCAAGCCCAGCACGCACAGCCCGGAGGUGAUUUGACGUUCAAUGAGAUCUUCACUUCAAAUAAUGCGACUCAACCACUUGGAGAUAAUUUGGAUGGCAUCAGUUCAUGCCCCGACGACGGCAAAUUGGCAGUCCAAGUCGUGACCGAAAUGAUUCCCUCUAUCAAGCCCAGCGCUGCGCCUUCCAUCGGAGAAAGGUUGGCCGUGUUCUUCAACGAGAACACGAUUGCGAAGGUCAUCGGCACGGCUGAGGCAUACCUGGAAAACAAUGCAAGUCACACAAACUCCUUUAUUUCAUCUCACUAA